UAUAACAUUUCAUUAUGCUUACAAAAAUGACAAAUCAAAGAAAUUAUAUUUAUGAAAAAUGCAAGAUUACGAUAAUGUUAUCUUUGAUAUAUCAAUUUCAAUUAUACAAUAUAAAUUUUGUAACGGCGCAGAAAUUUCGCAUGGAUUACAUGUGGGCUCAGGCGUUCAAAACUUACUACCGCCUUCACGACUUAGCAACGAACUGGAAUCAAGCCAGACAAAUCUGUGAAGCAGAAGGCACGGCGCUCCUCGUACCCGACUCACUCGAUGAAAUGGAAAACCUCAAGUUACUUAUGAGCAAUAUGAAAGCUCAUUACACGGCCAUCUUUAUUGGAUUACAUGACAAAUUUUCUAAUGGAGACUAUGUUACACUUAAAGGAGAAUCAAUCGCUGAAACAAUGUUAGAACUGCUUUGGAGCCAAGGGACACCUGACAAUAUUAACGGCACAGAACACUGCGUCGUGAUGACGAGAGAAGGACUGUUCGACGACCGGCCGUGCGACGACAUUUACCCGUUCAUUUGCAAAAUAUUUGGAAACGACACUAAAUAUAACGAGAAGUGCAACAACUUUGAUUUAGGUUAUGCUCCGGAAAACAACGGCAAAUGCUAUAAGUUUCACGUAGAACCAUUGUCGUGGCAUGAUGCGUAUUUAACGUGCAAGUCGGAGGAGGGAAGCCUGGCUAUAAUAAACUCACCGGAAGAAGCCACGCUCAUAACAAGUUUUUUAAGCGAACAUUUACACGACAGUGUUCCGGAUCCUAAUAUUUUGUAUAUAGGAUUCAGUGAUCUCUUGUUUCCAUAUCAGUACAGGACUUUAGAAGGCCAAUCACUGGAAGAAGCUGGCUACUCUUCGUGGAGCCACAUACACGAGGAGCCGCCGGAAAUGGAAUCAAAGCGGUGCGGCGCUAUUUCAAGAACUGGAUUCCUGCAAGUCACGUGGUGUGAUCGACCCGCCAUGUUCCUUUGUGAAAGACGACUUGCCAAAAACGAAAAUAAACAUUAAUAGUGUCAAUGGCGGUAAAGUUGUCAAUAGUUAUGUUAGAUGCAAUUAAUUAUUUUUGAAU